AUGAAUGGUCUAGCGUUGAGAAUAAGUCGAGGUAGCGAUAGUAAAUCAAAAAAAUCAAUUGGUUUUUCUCCUGUAAACAUAUCAAUUUCUAGUUUUAAAACAUCAGAUAAAUAUCACGAGUUAUUUCAAAAAUUUGCUGAUGCCACUUCUACAGAUGAACAGUUACCCAUUUUAAGAAAGAUUGUAGAUCUGUACAGAGAUGCGAUUGACACUGAUAUUAUAAAGUUUAUGGUCGUCGUAUUUCUACAAGCAGAGGCUAAACAUCCUCUGAAAUGUUUUAUCGCAAGGCAUGUCACAAAAAACAGCAACCUUCAAGAACCAUUUACAAGUGUACUAGCAUCACAGAUAUCUACAAGAAUAUCACCAGAGCCAACACACUACAAGGAAUACGAAGAUGUCGUAAGCAAAGUGGCAACAUGUAUUGAGAAUUUUAACGCAGGUGUCGCAGCUGUACGGAUUGUGGAAAAUGAACUUGGCACUUACUUGAUGAACUGUUUGGAUUUCUGUGUGGAUCUAUUGUUGAGCGAAAGCAAAACCUUAUCACCAACGGAAAAGAACGAAAUUUUCACCCUAUCCCAUAUUACUCUACGCCUGUUACUACAUAUUGUUCAGAAAGCAAACGAUGAGAGCCUCAGCGAGUUAAUUCCUUUGUUCAUUAUCAUAGAGCUGUGUAUUAAAGACUUGAUGAUUCACAAUGAUGUGCCUAUGGAUACUAAAUCAGUGUGUGGCAUACUGUUUAUUUCUAUGUAUAUUGUAAAGAAUGGACCUGACAGUUGGCUACAAGUCUUAAAUCCCUCUACUUGCAAUGACUCUCUGCUAGGCCUACUCGAGGCUGAAGCAUCCCAACUAUGUUUAUAUUCGGCCUUAACAACAGUUGUGUCAGUGGAUAAACUUGAGGCAGUAUAUGUUAAAGGUGAUCCGGCUAUCCUCAGCUUGCUGUCUAAGAUAUUGGAGAUAGGCGAAAGGAGUUCAUUAGAAUCGACGGUGAUACUUGGCGUCGCGCGCACUGUUCACCAAAUGAGUAAAUGUCUUCAGAAAAUAACAGUCAGGACCACGGGGCUGAAAAUAGUGGACUCCCUUGUGACAUUCGCGUGGUCCCACCUGGACCACUACAUGGACAGCGUGAGGCAUCUCACUGCGCAGAUGUUGGCCACUGUGGUCAACUAUUGCGCUAAGUUGGACAGAGAAGGUGAUGACUCCGCUCUUUGUAAGCUACUUUCAGCCCUAAAGUCCUUAGACACGUCCCGUAGGAGCUACUACGUGUGUGUGAGCUGCUUGGUGAGCGAGGUGGGGGCGGGGCGAGUGCUGCACACGUGGCCCACGCUCAUACAGGACGUGCUCGGGGCUCUCAGCUCACAACACAUACAGGCUAGCGCAACAGUGUGUCUGGAGAGCCUGGUGAGCUCCCACGCCAGGUCGUGCGGGACGGAGGAGCUGCAGGCGCGCUGGCUGCGGCCCGUGCUGGAGCACGCCGCGCGCUCCGACCCCGACUGCACCGUCAUCAACAUCCUGGAGAACUUGCUCGUCACCGCCGUCAAGCUGGAUCGCGGACUCAUUCACUACAUAAUACCAUACAUAAAACAGUCCCACGAAAACACAAGCAAACCCAUGGACUUGAAAUGUGUCCUGAUGCUUCUGUCGGUGACGCGCAAGUCCGGCGCCAGCGACAGUCUGCCGCUUUCUGGAGGGGACAGGAGCGACGAGUGGAGGGGGGUCAUCGGGUACGAGGUUCUGAGGCGAGCUGCUAUUGAUGCUGUUGACGAGACGCGGAUUUUGUCUCUGUCAUUGAUAGUGGAGUCUCCGAAGAGCACGGAGGAGUUCACGGCAGGUGACCUGGCCUUCGUGUUAUGGUACUUAAAGUACAACAUCAAUGCGCAGGCGCCGAACUUCAGACAACUCACUCUGUCCUGUAUGAAAAAGUUCAUGAAACGUUUAGAAGACAGCUACAAAGUUAUCAAAAGGCAAAGAGAAUCGAACACCGUCAACAAUAAGGUUGAAUAUUACUUGCGUUUCGUGGACCAGCUUCGGCAGCAGUGCUUUGACAGUUUGUUACCGGGGACCAACUACAGUCGUCGGUACGUCGCCCUGCAGCUAUUAGUUUGGACUCAUCGACUUCAUUUCGAUGGAUAUAUUGGAGCAUGGACUCCGGAUUAUGUGGAAAAGCUCCUUCUCCAUCUAGAAGAUAGUUACGAGAACAACAAGGCCUUUGCUCUUGAAGUAUUGGAUGGGUGUCCACUUGACCUGCUCAAGAAUAAUACCUACUCUAUAAGUAUCGAUAUAAAGGAUAUUUUUGAACAAGCCUCGUCCUUGAAGCCGACUGAUUGUGUGUCGGCUGCUUAUAAGUUAGAUUUAUUGAGGCGUAAACUACCAGACUGUAUACUGCAGAACGAACAGAGCGCUGCAGCGGAGGGGGUGCGGUGGGCCCUGGCGCGGCGGCUGGUGCGGCGCGUGCGGGCGGAGCUGGCGCAGUGCCGCCGCAGCGUGGUGCUGGCGGCGCGCAUAGCGCCCAUGUACGGCCUGCUGCACUGCCUCGCGCACCUCCUCGCCCCGCUCCGCCCCGGGUUAAUAUCAUCAGACUCUCAGUGGACAUCGCUAGUGGACGAUAUCAUAACGACGUGCAUGGAAGUCAACGAAGGUGUGUCUUCGGUGGUGAACAACUCCUCGCCUGAAGGCCACCUGCCCAUGGACAUGACGGGGGUUGUCGUCACUGAUGAUGGCAAUUCAGGUGGUGUGAUGUUGGACGACGGUAGACAAGUUACUUCGCAAAUGGUGCUGUUGUGCGCGUGGCGGUCCGUCAAAGAAGUGUCCCUCCUCCUCGGCUCGAUAUCUUCCCGUCUGAGCAUCGCGGGCGAGGACGGGCCGGCCGGUACCCUGAGCGUGGAGCAGCUGGUCCGGAUGGGGGAGCACUUCACGCGGCUGCUGGCCGAGACCAAACACCGCGGCGCCUUCGAGCAAGCCUACGUGGGCUUCACGCUACUUCUGGCGAGACUAUGGCGGUGCCGAAACCCUGAGCUGCACUCCCUCCCUCCCUCGUGGCUGGAGGAACUCAUGCAAGCUAUCGCCAGUGGUGAAGGGAAUCAGACGCUGUGUGCCACCAGGAGGAGUGCCGGAUUGCCAUUUAUGAUACAGGCUUUGGUCACGACGGAGCUGCAAGUGCAGAGUACCCCGAAGUGCUUCCAGUCGUGCAUGGCGCUGCUGCUGGAGCUGGCCCGGGCCGGCGCGAGCGUGGAGACUCGCUGCCACGCGCUGAACAUCCUGCGCGCGCUGUUCCGUCACUCGGCGCUGGACGAGAGCGUGGCGCCCUACGUGCAGGGGGGGCUCAUCGUCGCGCUCCAGGGCUUCGAGGGCGACUCGUGGGCGGAGCGCAACUCCUCGACGCUGGUGCUGAGCGCGCUGGUGGUGCGCGUGUUCGGCGUGGCGCGGCGCAGGGGCCCCGGAGCCCCCGCCCCCCGCAACACCAUGACGGGCCGGAUCUUCUUCCUGCGGUACCCGCAGCUCUACGACUUUAUGCUGGCAAAACUGCAAGAAGUAAACUCAAGUGAGAACUCGCAGUUGCUGCGGCCGUCUCUAUACCCGGUGCUGCUGCUGCUGGGCAGGCUGUACCCCUCGUCCCUUGAAGGAACUGUCUCCAAUCUAAAGCUGGUGUCGUUCAUCCCGCACGUGGUGUCGUGCGCUGGCAGCUCCGCGCUGCAGGCGAGGCAGCUCGCCGCCCGGGCCCUGGCGCCGCUCGUCUCGCCCCAGCUAUACAUUCCACACGUUCAGUCGAUGUUCGCCCUCCUCAAGCGUACUAUAAAGCGCAACUACUGUCACGGCCUACUCCUGCAGCUGGUCCGCCUGCUGGAGUACAGGCCGGAGGGACUUCAGCUCCCCCAGUUCUCGGAGGAGGACACCCUGCCCUUCUGCGUAGAGGAUACUCUUUGGAUACUGGACCAAACCACGACCGAAAGAGCUUGUUACCUGAUCGCAGACGAGUACACGAAGGUGCUUAACAUGAUCGCGUGGAAAUUUCCUUCUCUGUUGCGGGAGUUAACUAUCCCCAGAAUAUUAAUGAGAUUAGACGCUACCAUAUUUAGUAAUAAAACUAACACCAUAGCCGCAGGACGAGAGGUAUUCCUCUCCAAUGCUGUCUACCUGUACUUCAUAUUAUUAAACAAAGAUAUCGAAAAUAGCUGUAAGCUGAUUAUUAGAACUCUUCAACAUUCUUAUUAUGAGGUGGUGCUCUCUGCGCUUAACUAUCUCCUCAUUCUUCACGACAGUUUAGACGAAGAAAAAUGCAAGUUCCAAGAACGUUUAUCGUCUUUGACAAAUAAAAAAAUUCUUGAUACUUUAAAGAGAAACGACAAAUAUGUACCAAUGUUGCGUAAAGUAUUAGAUAAUAAAUAUUUAGAAUGUCAACACAAGAGCUUGAAAAUUUUGACAUUAGAAGGUAAUACGCAAACGUUAAUAAUUGAAGCAAGAAUUAAAAGGGAAUUGCGUUUUACAGAAUCUAUUUUGUACCAUUUAUUGGAAUGUGUUAGAAACGAACCCGAGAACGUAACACACAUGUAUUUAGAAAGCUUGUUAAACUUUGUGACGAAUCAACUGGAACAGAACAAUGUAUGUGGUGAAGAAAUAUUGGAUGUAAUAAGGGUUGUUUUCGAGCAUAGUUCAUCUGAUAACAAUGAGAACACCAGGAAUACUGUGGUCCGCUUUAUAGAGAAAAAUAUGAGAUGGCUGUUCAAUUUUGAUACGACUGGACUAAACGAAGAACAUAGAUUUGAAUUCAGAGCGACACUCUGGUCCACGAUAAUCACUCUACUUGAGGACGAUGAGCACUCCAUCCGCCAAAGAAUCACCGACGCGGUGUCGUCACACUAUGCCGUGACGUCACGGAUCUUGCCCAGCGCAUGCGCAGAAAAUAUAAGAGAAAAAAUAGACUGGGAAAGAGAUAGCGUAGCAAUGUUCGCACUGAUAGCGUUAUUGGACUUCAAGUCGGUUGUUGUCACUGACGAUGGUAACGACGAGUGUCGCGUGUUUGACCAAAAUGAAAGAUACAACAUAUUUCUAGAAGAAACUGUGUGGACCAGCGCGUGCGCAGACAAAAUCCUCAAAUGUAAUCUCUACAAUAAACUCACACCAGUGGAGCACGUAUCUUCGGUGCUAGACAACCCGGUGUACAGAGGGACAUUUGACAAAUUAUGUAAUGACAAUGUUGUUGUGUUUAGGAAAUUAGUCGAAGGUGAUAUUAUCUUGAGAAAUGACGCAUUAAAUCCUAAAAUACAGGUGUUUGUCAAUAAAUUAAGUAGAUAA